AUGUCGCACAUCGCGGUGGAGCGGAACCGGCGGCGGCAGAUGAACGACCACCUCAAGGUGCUGCGUGCCCUGACGCCGGCCUUCUACAUCAAGCGCUGCGACCAGGCGUCCAUCAUCGGCGGCGCCAUCGAGUUCAUCCGGGAGCUGCACACCGUGCUGGACGCGCUGGAGGCCAAGAAGAAGCGCCGCCUCUGCAGCCCCACCCCGAGCCCGCGCUCCCUCCUCACCUGCUCCACGCCCACCAGCGCCGGGGGCUCCGCCUCCGACGUCUCCCCCAACAGCAACGGCAGCAGCGGCGGCAGCUGCAUUGUGGUGCCGGGCAUCGGCGGCGCCGCCGUCAAAGAGCUCGCUGCCUGCUGCAACUCCCCGGCCGCCGACGUCGAGGCCAGGAUCUCCGGCGCCAACGUGCUGCUCCGCACGCUCUCCGGCCGCAUCCCCGGCCAGGCCGCCAGGAUCGUCGCGCUGCUCGAGAGCCUCCACCUCGAGGUGCUCCACGUCAACAUCAGCACCAUGGACGACACCGUCCUCCACUCCUUCGUCCUCAAGAUUGGGCUCGAGUGCCAGCUCAGCGUGGAGGAUGUCGCCUUCGAGGUCCAGCAGACCUUCUGCUACCACCAGCAGGAGCUCGACUACUCAUCCAUGGCGAUAUAA